CAUGGACUGGAUAAGAAUGGUGUUUGCUCUUGGUUUUGUAUUUCUUGUUAUUCCGACGAAUGCGGAAUUUACCUCAAAUGAAUUAAAAAUGUUUGAAGAUCUUGCAACAUAUGUUAAAUCGCUGGAGCUGAAGCUGACUCAAGUUGAAAAGAAACUGGAAAAUGUAGAAAUUGAACUAGAAGGACAAAAAGAAAUAAAUCGAAAACAAACAAAUGAACUGAAUGCUCAAAGGAUCAUUAUAGAUUCGUUACGGGCAAACAAUAACAAACUCAAACAGGAUGUUGAUAAAAUAGGACAGCAAAAUGAAAUUACAGACCAUGUCUUGAAGCAGAUCGUGCAAUCUAGGGACGACAUUGAGGUGAACGAAAACAUGACUAAGAGUAGAGCUGGCCGGAAUGUUGAACGAGACGUUAGUGAUCAGAAUACAAUACGAGUUGUUCGUCAGGAACGGGAAAAUAUAGCAUUCUCUGCUUACCUAAAUCGAGACUUGUCAAAUCUAGGGCCUGGACACACAAUACAAUACGGAGCUGCUGUUCUAAACGAGGGAAACGCAUUCAACGUCAACACUGGCAUCUUCACCGUACCUUUAAGCGGCGUCUACUUAUUUUCUUUCGCUUGCGAGGACUUCCACAACCACCGAAUAUUUGCCGAUAUUCUUGUGGAUGGUACACGCAAAUCAUUAGUUCUAGAAAGUCCCGCCGGAGAUAGCCAUGCAAUGGGAACGAACGUGGUUAUCCUACGACUGACCAAAGGUCAAGCUGUCUGGGUCGCCAUUGAUGCUAGUGGUCACGAUGACUUCCUUCAAAACACUGCAACCACAUUUUCCGGCGUGUUUUUGUACUACUAGUUUGUUGUACUGAAAUGGAUGUCUAACAUAUAUCAUAAAAAGAAUAGAAACACUUA